AGGCUGCAGCAUUCACUGGCCUGGCCCCUCUCACUUCUGACGACUUGGAGCUCACUCUCCCUCUCUCCAGCCAUGAUUUCUAGACAGCAGUGUGUCCAAAGCGGGCCCCGGGGUUUUAGCUGCAACUCAGCCAUCGUAGGUGGGGGCAAAAGGUCUGCUUUCAGCACGGUCUCCUGGUCUGGGGGCCCAGGCCGUUACUCUUCUUCAGGCUUCGGCAGCAAGAACCUCUUUAGCCUUGGGGGAAACAAGAGCAUCUCCCUCAGUGUGGCUGGGUCCCGGCAAGGUGCCGGCUUUGGGGCUGCUUGUGGCUUUGGAGCUGGUGGCUUUGGGGCUGGUGGCUUUGGGGCUGGUUUCAGUGCUGGUGGAUAUGGGGGCUCCUUCAAUGGAAUGGGUGGUCCUGGCUUCCCUGUGUGCCCUGCUGGGGGGAUCCAACAGGUCACCAUCAACAGCAGCCUGCUGACCCCACUCCGAGUAGAGAUUGACCCCAAUAUCCAGAAGGUCCGGACUGCGGAGUGGGAGCAGAUCAAGACCCUCAACAACAAGUUUGCCUCUUUCAUCGACAAGGUGCGGUUCUUAGAGCAACAGAAUAAAGUCCUAGAGACCAAGUGGAAACUGCUCCAGCAACAGACGACCACCACGACUGGCAAAAACCUCGACUCCAUCUUUGAGACUUACAUCAGUGUCCUGAGGAAGCAGGUGGAUACUCUGGUCAAUGACAAAGGACGCCUGCAGUCUGAGCUGAAGAUCAUGCAGGAUAGCGUGGAGGAAUUCAAGACCAAGUAUGAAAGUGAGAUUCACAAGCGCACAGCUGCUGAGAAUGAGUUCGUGGUCCUUAAGAAGGAUGUUGACGCUGCCUACAUGAGCAAGGUGGAGUUGGAGGCCAAGAUGGACUCUCUGAAUGAUGAGAUCAACUUCUUGAGGGUCCUCUAUGAGGCGGAGCUGUCCCAGAUGCAGAGCCACAUCAGUGACACCUCUGUGGUGCUGUCCAUGGACAAUAACCGCUGUGUGGACCUGGACAGCAUCAUCGCUGAGGUCCGUGCCCAGUAUGAGGAGAUCGCCCAGAGGAGCAAGGCUGAGGCCGAGGCUCUGUACCAGACCAAGGUCCAGCAGCUCCAGAUCACAGUUGACCAACAUGGUGACAACCUGAAAUGCACCAAGAUUGAGAUUUCAGAGCUUAACAGGAUGAUUCAAAGGUUGCGGGCUGAGAUAGAGACUGUCAAGAAGCAGUGCCAGACUCUGCAGGCAUCUGUGGUUGAUGCUGAGAAGCGUGGGGAGCUGGCACUCAAAGAUGCCAAUAGCAAGCUUACAGAGCUGGAGACUGCCCUGCAGAAGGCCAAGGAGGAGCUGGCCAAGAUGCUGCGCGACUACCAGGAGCUUAUGAGUGUGAAGCUGGCCCUGGACGUAGAGAUCGCCACCUACCGCAAGCUGCUGGAGGGCGAGGAGAGCCGAAUGUCUGGAGAAUGCCAGAGUACCCUGACCAUCUCUGUGGUUGGUGGUGGCGUUAGUGCUGGAGGCAUUGGUGGAGGAUUGGGAAACUGCUCCGGGUUUGGCCUGGGCAGCAGCUUUGGCCUCGGCUCUGGAAGUGGCUUUGCACUGGGCAGUGGUGUCAGUGGAAUUUCCACCAGCAAGACUGUCUCUACCACCAAGCGGUCACACCGAUAGAGGAGACGGGGUCCCUGCAGCCCCUGAGCCCAGCUGGGCUUAACCUGGUGUCCCUGUGCUUCCUUCACCCCCGCCUCUACCCGCCCUCACUGGGGUUUAUCUUACCAGUGUCACCUCGGUGCCAGGGCAUGGAUUCUGCCCUCUCAGAGUUUGGUAGCUUCUUCUAGACUUGGGCCUGGUGAUCUACCCGGAAUGGGAGGGGUGUCAGCUGACUCUUCACCUCCCAUGCACAGAGGAGAAUACAACCUGGAGCUUCCUCUCCAGAAUUAUCAGGGACACAUGUCCCCUUCCAGCCCAAUGCCAUCUCCCAGAUCCCUGAUAUCCCUUUACAUCAGGACCAAACUCCUCCAUUGCCUGGCAGCAACUGGCCCUGCAAGGGCGGGGCAAGAACCGCUGUGUCCCAGCCAACUCCUCUCCUCCUCUCUAUCCACCUUCAGGUGAAUCUUUAAUAAAACGCUUUUGUCAUUCCUUUGA